AUGAAGACGGGUCGGCUGGCCAAGCACCUGCAGGAUUCCAAGAGGCAGCAGUUCGAGGAGCAGGACCAUCCCAAGAAGCUGCGCAACUCAAAGCGCGUUGGUUCCGCCCUGGAAAUCUUCCCAGACGCCAUCUAUGACCUGCCACUGUUCUCCAUCAAGCCCUACCACGGCAUCAUCACUCCUGGCCAGAAGCAGGCCUUUCAAGUGCAGUUCUCCCCAAAGUGCGCGGGGAUGUUCCAGACCACCCUGCUGUGCAGAAUUUCUAACCUGAAUCCAGCUGAGAAGAUGAGGCAGGUGACUGUGAAAGGCAGAGCCUUGGAGCAGAAGAUUCUUGGUAGGGCAGACGGAGAAAGGCCAGGGAGCCAAGGAUCAGGUGCCCUGGAAAGCAGCACCUGAGGGACAGCAUUUGUGCCAGCUGGAGCUCCUGCAGGAGGCAGCAACAUCGUGCCUUCUGCUGCUGCUGGUCUCCCACCCUUCACCAGAGACCUCUGCAGCUACCCUUCCGAGCUCCAGUGAAGAC